GCUUACUUGCUUGAUCAUUUGCAAAUAGUUGUUCAGUUGAUGUUGCGCGCUGAUCGUGUUUGUUUACUGAUUUACAUAAGUUUAAUAAACAUUUUAAGAAUGGAGACUGUCGCAAAAGGUUUAAGAGGACUCAGAGCCUGCUUGGUUUGUUCUCUUAUUAAGACUCUUGAGCAAUUCGAACGUGAUGGAUGCGAAAACUGUGAUCUUUUCCUGAGAAUGAAAGACAACAGGGAUAAUGUGUAUGAUUGUACCAGUUCCAAUUUUGAUGGAAUGAUAGCUGCAAUGAGUCCAGAAGAAAGUUGGGUCUGUAAAUGGCAGAGAACGAAUCGAUUUUGUAAAGGAGUUUAUGCAAUUUCUGUGUCCGGCAGAUUACCAGCUGGUAUUGUGAGGGAAAUGAGGAGGAAAGGAAUUAACUACAAGCACAGGGAUACUAGUCAGCGUUUAUAAUCUUGAAAUUUUAAUUUUAUUACUAAA